GAAGAUGGAGUUUGGGGGAAACGAGAUGAGGGUUUUGGGAAACGGGACGCAUGGUUUUUGGGGUUUUGGAAUGGAGUUCGAGAGGGAAAACGAUGUUAAGAAUGAAGGAACCGCUGAUUCUCCGACUUCCGUGCUGGAAGAUGAGGAGAUGUGUAAAGAGGAGGAGAAGCCCCAAAGCAAUGGGGUGAUUGGUGAUGGCGUGGAGGAGAAGGGGGAUGUGUCGUUUAUCUCGGAGGCCAUGGCGGAGGAGGAGCAGAAGUUGCUCGAGGACCGGAUGAAGAUGGAAGAGGAGGCUUCAAAGAGUGAGUUUGAAGUGCCUGCUGAGAGGGAGGACCCGAACUUCAAGUUCACUAAGCUUGAUGAGCUACUCACGCAGACGCAGCUUUACUCUGAGUUCCUCCUUGAAAAGAUGGACGAUAUCACAUUUAAUGGAGUGGAGAAUAAUGUGGAAUUGGAAGCGGAGGACGAAACUAAAAGGAAGAAGACUGGGAGGGGGCGGAAGAGGAAGGGAAAGGCAUCAAGUGAAUACAACAAUAAAAAAGCCAAGACGGCAGUUGCAGCAAUGCUAACAAGAUCCCGUGAAGCCAUAGCUCCUGAAGAUGCCAUCCUCACUGAGGAGGAAAGGGUUAAGAAAGAGCAGGCAGAACUUGUCCCAUUGAUGACUGGCGGAAUACUGAAGUCUUAUCAGGUCAAAGGUGUAAAAUGGCUUAUUUCACUGUGGCAGAAUGGACUCAAUGGGAUCUUAGCAGAUCAAAUGGGGCUUGGUAAGACUAUUCAGACUAUUGGGUUCCUUGCACAUCUUAAAGGGAAGGGUUUGGAUGGGCCAUAUAUGAUAAUAGCUCCUCUUUCAACCCUUUCAAACUGGAUGAAUGAAAUUUCAAGGUUUGUACCUUCCAUGGGCUCUAUUUUAUAUCAUGGGUCAAAGAAUGAAAGGAGGGAAAUUCGAAAAAAGUUUAUGCCGAAAAAGCUAGGCCCUAAAUUUCCUGUUGUUGUCACUUCUUAUGAGGUUGUGCUGAAUGAUGCUAGUGUUCUAGCACAGUACAGAUGGAAAUAUGUUGUUGUUGAUGAGGGUCACCGGCUGAAAAAUACCAACUGUUUAUUGCUAAAACAGUUGAGACGCUUACCAAUUGAAAAUAAGCUACUGCUAACUGGAACACCUUUGCAGAACAACUUGGCUGAGCUAUGGUCAUUGCUGAACUUUAUUCUGCCUGACAUUUUCUCAUCUCAUCAAGAGUUUGAAUCAUGGUUUGAUCUGUCAGGGAGGUGCAACAAUGAUUAUCAAUCCGAAGAGACAGAAGAGAAACGGAGGGUUCAGGUGAUAUCAAAGCUUCAUUCAAUACUGCGGCCAUUUCUUCUCCGACGUAUGAAGGCUGAUGUUGAGCAGUUGCUUCCAAGGAAGAAAGAGAUUAUUUUAUAUGCUGAUAUGACUGAACACCAAAAACUCAUCCAGGAUCACCUAAUUAAUAAAACAUUUGAAGACCAUGUUGGAACCAUUGAUUAUGCUAUUCAAAGAUCCGGCAUGAAAGGGAAGCUGAACAACUUGCUGAUGCAAUUGAGGAAGAACUGCAAUCACCCUGAUCUCUUGGAGUCUGCAUAUGAUGGAUCAUUUUUAUAUCCGCCUAUUGAACAGAUAGUAGAACAGUGUGGGAAGUUUCGUUUGUUAGACAGACUUUUGCCGCUAUUACUUUCUCGGAGACACAAAGUUCUUAUAUUUUCCCAGUUUACAAAGGUUUUAGACAUAAUGGAUUAUUACUUCAGUGAGAAAAAUAUUGAAGUUUGUAGAAUUGAUGGCCGAGUAAGGUUAGAUGAAAGAAAAAAACAGAUUGAAGCAUUCAAUGAUUUGAACAGCAAUGUGAAUGUUUUUCUUCUGAGCACUCGGGCUGGUGGUCUUGGUAUCAAUCUCACUGCUGCAGAUACCUGCAUCUUGUAUGAUAGUGAUUGGAAUCCCCAAAUGGAUCUUCAAGCCAUGGAUCGUUGCCACAGGAUUGGACAAACACGACCCGUUCAUGUUUACAGGCUUGCGACUUCCCAAUCGGUCGAGGGACGAAUUAUGAAGAAGGCAUUUGGGAAAUUAAAACUGGAACAUGUGGUUAUCGGGAAAGGGCAGUUCCAUCAAGAGAGAGCAAAACCAAAUAUACUAGAUGAAUCAGAUUUACUAUCCUUGCUUAAAGAUGAAGAGGAUGCAGAAGACAAGCUGAUUCAAACUGACAUCAGUGACGAAAAUCUACUCAAAGUUUUGGAUCGCAGCGAUCUAUUGGCUGGUGAUUCGGAGGAAGUACAUUCUUUUCCUAUUCGAGGGCCGGGUUGGGAGGUUGUCAUACCGACAAAAAGCGGCGGCGGGAUGCUUUCAUCACUCAGCAGCUGAAUUUUAGGCUCGUCGUCUGACAUAUUUUUUGCUGAACCAUCCAAUGUGAGCAGAUGCAAUUCCAUGGACAUUUUGUGUUCCUAACAUACUGAAAAUCAUUCCAUGGUUGGAAGUUUACAAAGUUUUGUAUAAUGUAAACUGAGAAAAACUGGUUGUGCAUCUCUGCUUUUACAGGUUGUUGGUUCAUUUUA